UUGAAACGGUUGGGUGUGUUUUCGCGGUCGUUGGUUCAGCGGAGGAGGGCGAGAUGUCGAGUCUCGAGGAUAUCAAGAACGAAACCGUUGAUCUGGAAAAAAUCCCGAUCGAGGAAGUUUUCCAGCAGCUAAAAUGUUCCAGGGAAGGUUUGACAUCGCAGGAAGGAGAAGACAGGAUUCAAAUCUUUGGCCCCAACAAGUUAGAAGAGAAAAAGGAAAGCAAAAUCCUGAAGUUUCUUGGUUUCAUGUGGAAUCCCCUUUCAUGGGUCAUGGAAGCUGCUGCUAUCAUGGCCAUUGCUUUGGCCAAUGGUGGUGGUAAGCCCCCGGACUGGCAAGACUUUGUUGGUAUCGUCUGUUUGCUGGUUAUCAACUCGACCAUCAGUUUUAUCGAGGAAAACAAUGCCGGUAAUGCUGCUGCUGCUCUUAUGGCUGGUCUUGCUCCUAAAACCAAGGUGCUUAGGGAUGGAAAAUGGAGUGAACAGGAAGCUGCUAUUCUUGUUCCGGGAGACAUCAUCAGUGUCAAGCUGGGAGAUAUUAUCCCAGCUGAUGCCCGUCUUCUUGAGGGUGAUCCCUUGAAGGUGGACCAGUCUGCUCUGACUGGAGAAUCACUGCCUGUCACCAAGCACCCUGGUGAUGAAGUUUUCUCAGGUUCAACCUGCAAACAGGGAGAAAUCGAGGCGGUUGUUAUUGCCACUGGUGUUCACACCUUCUUUGGCAAAGCUGCUCACCUUGUGGACAGCACCAACAAUGUCGGACACUUCCAGAUGGUUCUCACAGCCAUUGGGAACUUCUGUAUCUGUUCCAUUGCUGUGGGUAUGUUGAUCGAGAUAGUUGUCAUGUACCCGAUCCAGCGCAGGAAGUACAGGGAUGGAAUUGAUAACCUUUUGGUCCUCUUGAUUGGUGGUAUCCCCAUUGCUAUGCCUACGGUUUUGUCUGUCACCAUGGCUAUCGGAUCUCACAGGUUGUCUCAGCAAGGUGCCAUUACCAAGCGUAUGACUGCCAUUGAGGAAAUGGCCGGAAUGGAUGUCCUUUGCAGUGACAAAACUGGGACACUUACCCUCAACAAAUUGAGUGUUGACAAAGCCUUGAUCGAGGUUUUUGCCAAGGGUGUGGAGAAAGAUCAAGUCCUCUUAUUUGCGGCUAGGGCUUCCAGGGUAGAAAAUCAAGAUGCCAUUGAUGCAGCCAUGGUUGGAAUGCUUGCUGACCCAAAGGAGGCACGAGCUGGGAUCAGGGAGAUUCACUUCCUUCCAUUCAAUCCUGUGGACAAGAGAACUGCUUUGACUUACAUCGAUUCUGAUGGUAACUGGCACAGGGUCAGCAAGGGUGCACCUGAGCAGAUCCUUGAUCUUAGCAAAGCCAGGGAUGAUCUUAGGAAGAGGGUACAUGCCAUUAUUGAUAAGUACGCUGAGCGUGGACUUAGGUCGUUGGCAGUUGCUCGUCAGGUGGUGCCAGAGAAAACAAAAGAAAGCCCUGGUGGUCCAUGGGAAUUUGUUGGCUUGUUGCCUCUUUUCGACCCGCCUAGACAUGACAGUGCAGAAACCAUUCGGAGAGCUCUGAAUCUCGGUGUUAAUGUCAAGAUGAUCACUGGUGACCAGCUGGCCAUUGGUAAGGAAACUGGUCGUAGGCUUGGAAUGGGAACCAACAUGUAUCCAUCUGCUUCUUUGCUUGGCCAGGACAAGGACUCCAAUAUUGCAGCAAUUCCCGUAGAGGAGUUGAUUGAAAAAGCUGAUGGGUUUGCUGGCGUCUUUCCAGAGCACAAGUACGAAAUCGUGAAAAAGUUGCAGGAGAGGAAGCACAUUGUUGGAAUGACAGGUGAUGGUGUCAAUGAUGCGCCUGCUCUGAAGAAAGCCGAUAUCGGUAUUGCUGUGGCUGAUGCUACGGAUGCCGCUCGGGGUGCUUCAGAUAUUGUUCUAACCGAACCUGGUCUGAGCGUUAUUAUUAGUGCAGUGCUUACUAGCAGAGCUAUUUUCCAGAGAAUGAAGAACUAUACCAUUUAUGCAGUCUCCAUUACAAUCCGUAUUGUGUUGGGUUUCAUGCUUAUUGCUCUCAUAUGGAAAUUUGACUUCUCAGCAUUCAUGGUUCUGAUCAUUGCUAUUCUCAAUGAUGGUACUAUCAUGACCAUCUCAAAGGACAGAGUCAAGCCAUCUCCCACACCCGAUAGCUGGAAACUCAGAGAGAUUUUCGCUACUGGAGUCGUGCUUGGUAGUUACUUGGCCAUAAUGACUGUCAUUUUCUUCUGGGUGAUGUUCAAGACCGACUUUUUCUCGGACAAGUUUGGUGUGAGGUCUAUCAGAAACAGCCAGGAUGAGUUAAUGUCUGCUUUGUAUCUACAAGUUAGCAUUAUUAGUCAAGCUCUGAUCUUUGUCACGAGGUCAAGGAGUUGGUCCUUUGUCGAACGUCCCGGGCUGCUACUGAUGACUGCCUUUGUUAUUGCACAAUUGAUUGCAACAUUCAUAGCUGUGUAUGCCGACUGGGGAUUUGCAAAGAUUAAGGGUAUUGGAUGGGGAUGGGCCGGUGUGAUCUGGCUGUACAGUUUGGUGACGUACUUCCCACUGGACGUCAUGAAGUUUGCCAUCCGAUACAUCUUGAGCGGAAAGGCCUGGCUCAACUUGUUCGAGAACAAGACCGCUUUCACCACCAAGAAAGAUUACGGAAAAGAAGAGAGAGAGGCUCAAUGGGCCCUCGCUCAAAGGACACUUCACGGUCUUCAACCAAAAGAAUCCGGUAAUAUCUUCCCCGAGAAAGGAAGCUACAGGGAAUUGUCCGAGAUCGCAGAGCAAGCAAAGAGAAGAGCCGAGAUUGCAAGGCUUAGGGAGCUGCAUACACUAAAGGGUCAUGUGGAAUCAGUGGUGAAACUCAAGGGCUUGGACAUUGACACUCCUGGACACUACACUGUCUAGUCGGAAAACCAGACAGAAGGAGAUGGCUCUUUUCACCUCUUCUUCUUCUUCUUCUCUUUCCCCAUGUUUUCAUUUUGAUUCCCCAAACGUACUUUGCAAUUUGCCUUGGAAGAGAACAGAGUCUGUUUGUAUCUGUGGUUUGGCUCACUCCUCUUUGCUCGUUGUUUAAUGUAAUGAGGCCAAUUGUAAUUUUGUACUCUUCACUAGCCUUUUAUACAACGAUGAUUUUUCCUCCUA